AUGGCGUUAAUAAAAUUAGAUUUUCGUUUUUGUUUUUCAUUCUCUCUCUCUCUCUCUCUCUCUCUCUCUCUCUCUCUCUCUCUCUCUCUACCAAUUGAUAUUCCGUUUGGAAUUUGCUUCGGACUUAUAAUGUCUUUCCUAAUCUAUGACAAUUCACAUUUUCUCUUUUAUUCAUUACAGUUUCGCACGGUCGAAGUCCUCGAGAAAAAACCAAUGGAACCUCCAAGUAACGUCACCGAACUCAUCACAUCCACCCUUUCUUCAAUCACCCUGUCCACCCCUAAUGCUACCAUCAAUGAUACAGUCAAACCCGUCUACAUCCCAACUGACGGCUCCACAGGACAAACCAACGUCCUUGGUAUUGUGGUGUUUUCCGUCUUGAUGGGCGUCACUCUCGGUCGUAUGGCCGCUCGUGGUAAACCUUUGCUCGAUGUUUGCAACUGUAUCAACGAAGCCACCAUGAAACUUUUCAAAGUGUUCAUCUGCUUUUCUUCUCCUUCUCUUUUUCACUCCUCCUCUCAACCAUUCUCUCACUUCUUGUCACUCCUUCUCUCUCUCCUUUCUCUCCAUUCUCUGUCACUUAUUAUUUCCCUCAUUCUCACUCUUCCAUUCAACCUCUUCUCUCUCCUUCUCUCUCUACCACCUUCGCUCACUUCUUUAAUCUUCUUUUCUUUCUCUUCUCUUUCUCCUCUCUCUUCUCGUUUUCUAUCUCUCUCCUCCCCCUCUCUUUAUCUCUUUUCUGUCUUUCUCCUUCUCUCUCAUUCUCUCUGUCUUUCACAUUCCUUCUUUCUCCCAUUCUCUUUAUCCUUCUCAAUUCUUCUCCUUCUUUCUCUCUCUUUUCUCUCUUCUUUUCUCUCUCUCCUUCUUUCUCCUUGUAUCUAUCUCCCAUUUCCCUCUCUCUUUAUUUCUCUCUCUUUCCUCUUCUCUGUGUCUCUCUCUCUUUUUCUCUAUUAUUCUCUCUAUCCUUAUCACUCACUUUUAUCUCUCUCCUUCUCUCCUGUCAUCUUUUGCAUUUCCCCUUCUUCUUCUAAAUCUUCUCACUCUCUCUCCUUCUCUCUCUCUCUCUCUCUCUCUUACUGUUUCCGUCCACAGUAA